AUGAGGUGGUUGUUCAUCGUGCUGGCUUGUGUGGCUCUUUCCGAGGGACUCGUCAGAAUCCCUCUGAAGAAGGGCAAGUCGAUCAGGUCCCAUCUGAGGGAGCAAGGGGUCAACCUUCCCCUGGUUGAUCCGGGUCUCAAAUACGAGCCCUACAGGACAUUGGCUUCAUCUAUCAUUGAACCUCUUCUCAACUAUGCUGAUACAACUUACUACGGCGUAAUCAGCGUAGGAACUCCUGCGCAGUCAUUUGAAGUCCUCUUCGACACUGGUUCAGCUAAUCUCUGGGUGGACUCUGUCUACUGCAACUCCGAGGCCUGCAAUGCUCACAGGAAAUUUGACCCCAAAAGUUCUUCCACUUACUACAGCAAAGGGCAAGACAUCUACCUUUCCUAUGGUUCUGGAAGCCUGUAUGCGACCCUGGGCUAUGACACAGUCAGCAUCGGAGCCAUUGUCAUCCGUAAUCAAGACGUUGGGCUGAGCACCAGUGAACCGGGCGAGACCUUCUACGUAGCCCAUUUCGAUGGCAUCUUGGGCCUUUCAUACCCUUCCAUGGCUGUUGGUCAAGCGACUCCCGUUAUGGACAACAUGAUGCGACAGGACUUACUGCAGUACAAUAUAUUUGCGUUCUAUUUGACCCGAAAUGAGGAGGAGGGCAGUGAGGUGGCAUUCGGUGGAGUCGACACCACCAAGUACCAGGGCCAGAUCUACUGGGCUCCUGUCACCGCAGAAGUCUACUGGCAGAUCGCCAUCAAUGGGUUCCUGAUUAACAACCGCGCCACUAGUUGGUGCAGCGAGGGCUGCCAGGCCAUCGUGGAUACGGGCACCUCUGCCCUCACCUGCCCCCAGCAGUACCUUGGAUACCUGAUGCAGUCUAUUGGUGCCCAAGCCAACCAGAAUGGGGGGUAUUAUGUCAGCUGUCAAGCAACGAACCUUCCUACCCUGAGCUUCAACAUCAACGGCAUGAACUUCCCCCUACCUCCAUCAGCCUACAUCAUGGAAUACAACGGUGGAAAUAAAUACUGCAGAGUAGAUAUUUCAUCCACCUACCUGCCCUCUCAGAACGGCCAGCCCCUUUGGAUUCUGGGAGAUGUUUUCUUGAGGCAGUACUACUCUGUAUAUGAUCGUCAGAACAACCGAGUCGGAUUUGCCCUCUCUGUGUAA